CAGGAGCGUCAGUGUAAACAAACAAGGCGAGGAAGAUAAUCUUUCGGAGGGGGCCAAGAAACAUCAUGGAGGAGGAGUUUGAAGCCAGAGCUUGGGAUGAUGCCCCAGAUGGAGAACCACUUGAGGAAGAUGAGGCACUCAGCCCAGCUGACGUGCAGUCUAACUGCUUACGGCAGUUUUCAAGCACAGAUUUUAUCAUGGAACCUGGUAUAUUUUCUACCCUUAAAAGGUAUUUCCAGGCUGGUGGCAAUCCAGAGCAGGUUAUUGAGAUGCUGUCUGAGAAUUACCAGGCUGUUGCGCAGAUGGCAAACCUUAUGGCAGAAUGGCUUAUCUUGGCAGGUGCAAGUAUAAAUGAUGUGCAAGCAAUGGUCGAAAACCACCUGAAGCAGAUGAUUCUCAAAACUUUUGAUCCAAAGAAAGCUGAUACAAUUUUCACAGAGGAGGGAGACGCCCCAGCAUGGUUGACAGAGUUGAUAGAGCAUAGCACGUGGCGAUCAGUGGUAUACAAGUUGGCAGAAGAGUUUCCCGACUGCCUUAUGUUGAAUUUUACAAUCAAGCUGAUUUCAGAUGCAGGUUUCCAAGGAGAAAUCACAAGUAUAUCAACUGCAGCACAACAGAUUGAAGUGUUCUCCAGAAUCCUCAAGACUUCUACAUCCACCUUCCUUCAGUCCCCAGAAGACACAAGACACAAAGCUGUUGUGGAAUUUGCGAAAAUGGUGUGUCACGGGCAGCACACAUACAUCUACGCACAGGUCAUGUUGCAGAUCCUUUCCCAAGAAACAAAGGGGGGAAAUAAUAUUCGAAGAUUACAGCAAGAGAUUACCAAAUAUGCCAUUAACAAUGGCCACAAUGUAACCCCCAUCCAGUUGGCUUUGAAUGGUGCAAUGACCCACCCCAGAGCUGCUCAGGCUUUGGCCCCUAUGCUUUCACGCAAUGCCUUAAAUCCAGCUGAUAUUACUGUACUCUUCAAGUUGUACAGUUCCCAAGACCCUCCAUUGGUUGAGUUGAUACGUAUUCCACAAUUAUUAGAGUUGCUGAUUGAUGCUUUGUUCAAACCUGGGAGCAAGGUUAACCAGGAACACAAAGGGAAAUAUAUAUACCUACUUGCUUAUAGUGCAAGUGUCUAUGAGACUCCCAAGAAGGGUAGCCGUCCCAGACAGGUGAACAGAGAUGAUUUAAAGCCCACACAGCAAGCCAUUGAGAAGGUCCACAACAUUUGUCAGGGUGGGAAGUCUGCAAUGGAACUGAUAGCAGAGAUUAAUACACUGUAUCAGUGUAUCAGGUUCCCUGUGGUGAGCGUCGGUCUUGUCCGUUGGAUCGAGUGUGUUGUGAAGGAACCAAGUUAUUUCAAGCUGUGCACUGAGACAACACCGACUCAUCUUGCCCUGCUGGAUGAGGUCGUUUCCAUACACCUCCUCCUCCACAGUCGAGUUCUCAAUCUCCUCAUAGAACUCUUUGAGUCAGAAUUCCAAGACCUGGAAAUUCUUGUACAACUGGAACUGAGGAAGAUGUUGCUGGACCGAAUGGUGAAUCUCCUGAGCAGAGGAUGUGUUCUCCCAGUGAUGAAGUAUAUUAAGAGCUGCUACACUAAGGGUGACACCGACAUCUCCCUUAUCCGGUACUUCGUUCGGGAGGUGUUGGAGAUUGUGGCACCACCAUACACUGUUGAGUUUGUACAGUUGUUCCUCCCUUUGGUUGAGAACGAAGACAUCACAGGUUCAAUGAAAAUGAAUACUGACAGUGAUCUUGUCACAGAAUUUAUAGCACACUGCAAGUCCAACUACUAUGUUGUGUAAGAAGCAGAACUGUAUUGGAGAUUAUUUCAUAGAAACUUAUUCAUUACAGAUCUAAAUAAUUGUCAAAAGGAAAUGUAACUCUUUGAUAAACUGAUGCCAGAUAAUUGAAUGUGAAUAUGGGUAAAUAGAUAGAUAGAUAGAUAGGUAGAUGAAUAGAUAAAGUGAAAGAUAUUUGUAGAUAGAUAGAGAGAUAGUAAAUAGAAAGAUAUGUUAGUAGAUAGAGAAGUAGAGGUAGUUGAAAAAAAAAUGUCCAUAGUAUAUAAGGUAACUGCUGACUGCUUACAAUAGAUUGACUGACAUAAUAUUUAAUGAAUGCUGAUGUGCAAGACAUAAAUCCACACAUGCCAGUUAUUAUAUCCAUUUUUGAUUAGCAGUUUCCAGAUGAUUAAACACUUUUCAAACACCAGUUUAUGAGGUAUGUGAGAUAGAUAUGGAUGUAAAUAACAUGAGGAUAUAUUAAUAUUGUGAUCAACGUGCCUAUAACAGCUGUUUUUAGGUGUCUCAGUUGUAAUGUAACUUAGAAAAGGAUGUUAAACAUAGAAGAAAAAUCAUCCAGUUUAUUACUAUGUCAUUGGGUCAAAAAAAAUCAGCUUAUUAACUUUAAGAGAGGUUCAAAACUUAACAGUCUUUUGGUUUUAGCUGAAAUCACACUAAAGUACCCACAGAACUGAGUAGGAGCAGGCAUUUAAUAAUAUUGAUGCUAAUGUCUUCUUAUAAAAUUGGUAAGUGAUAUGAUCAGCAGACUUUUUACUUUCAUACCAGUGAAGAAUGUUAAGAGGAUAAGAAAAUACUAUAAAGAUAAAACAAAAUUAUAAUCAUAAUACAGUUAUUAUUGUGUGCAAUAGAAGUAAUGCAGGUGGAUGGCUUAUAAUAGCAAUUUCACAAAGAAUCUGAUAUUGAGUGAAGAAUUCCAGAUAUCAUAGGGUCAGAUGUAUGUAAAGAAUUUCUGUUUGUAUCUGUAUCUGGAUACAUGCAAAUAUGUGUCUGAGUGUCCUUGUAUGUAACAUUCUCUAGUGUGUUUUAAACCUGGGUGACAAAUGUGUGCUUUGUCAGUCUAGUUCUUAGAAUGUGAAUGUGUAUAUGUGCAAGGAUGAAAAUUAGUAAAUGAAAGCUACUACCUAAGUACUAUAUGCAUUUAGGACAUUUGAUGUGCUGAUGAUAAACAGAGAAACAUCUAGAAGUUACUCAAACAAAAUGGGCUUUCAAUAUACUAUAUACCUAGUGUUUCCAGUGAUGUGAAAUAUAUACGCUUAAUAAGGAGAUCUGUUAUAUUCAAUGCUUUGCUGGCAUUCUUUUCAAAUAGGAUGGGACAUAAAUCUUUUUUAAAUUUGUUUCUGUUUAUGGUUACUGCAAAGUAGAUUCUUUACUUUAUUGAAAAAAACACUUUUCUGUUCUGAUUGACUUCAUAUGAAAUUAAAUUAAUUUUUUGGAGUAUUUCCAAUCAUUUCAUGGCAUAAAAACUUUUUUUUUCUUAAAGUCAGAUAAUAGCCUGGUAAUUAGUACAAAGUAAUUAACAGGGGCAUUAUUUUAAAACAUAUACUACAUGCAUUUAUUAUUAUUUUGUUAGUAUAGUGAUGGUUGUUCACAUUUCUCAGUAGCAAAAUAACAGAAGUGGUAACCAUCAAAAAUGAAAAGAAAAUCCUUGAUCUCAGCAUGAUACAAAAAGUUUUAUUUCUUAGCUAUUGGAUUUAGCUACAAGAAUGAUUUCAUAGUUUUUUUUUCAGAUUCUAUGGAAAAUGUGUUUAACACUUAAUAAUAAUAUACUUUAUACAAAAUUAAUGAAUUUUUAUUUUAUCUAACACUUAUCAUGAAGUUAUGUACAUUUAUGUAAUUGGAUUUUUUAAUAAAAAUCAAAGCAA